AUGAUCAACAGAAGACCCAAGAACAAGAACAACAGGAGACCCAAGAACAUGAACAACAGGAGACCCAAGAACAUGAACAACAGGAGACCCAAGAACAUGAACAACAAGAUACCCAAGAACAUGAACAACAGGAGACCCAAGAACAUGAACAACAGGAGACCCAAGAAUAUGAACAACAGGAGACCCAAGAAUAUGAACAACAGGAGACCCAAGAACAUGAACAACAGGAGACCCAAGAACAUGAACAACAGGAGACCCAAUAACAACAGGAGACCCAAUAACAACAGGAGACCCAAGAACAUGAACAACAGGAGACCCAAUAACAACAGGAGACCCAAGAACAUGAACAACAGGAGACCCAAUAACAACAGGAGAACCAAGAACAUGAACAACAGGAGACCCAAUAACAACAGGAGACCCAAGAACAUGAACAACAGGAGACCCAAGAACAUGAACAACAGGAGACCCAAUAACAACAGGAGACCCAAGAACAUGAACAACAGUAGACCCAAGAACAACAGGAGACCCAAGAACAUGAACAACAGGAGACCCAAGAACAUGAACAUUAGGAGACCCAAUAACAACAGGAGACCCAAGAACAUGAACAACAGGAGACCCAAUAACAACAUUAGGCCCAAGAACAAGAACAACAGGAGACCCAAGAACAAGAACAACAGGAGACCCAAGAACAUGAACAACAGGAGACCCAAGAACAAGAACAACAGGAGACCCAAGAACAUGAACAACAGGAGACCCAAGAACAUGAACAACAGGAGACCCAAGAACAUGAACAACAGGAGACCCAAGAACAUGAACAACAGGAGACCCAAGAACAAGAACAACAGGAGACCCAAGAACAAGAACAACAGGAGACCCGAGAACAUGAAAGGGGCAAACAGAGCAAGAACAGGAAUUCUCCAUGAAACUUCAUAA